CAGGCAGCAGCUCUCAGUGAGGUGUGUUCAGGAAGAGCACCACCUACCUGGCGAAGAUCGCUGUGGUCCUCCAAGACACUCCAGGAAAGAUGCUCACUUUUACUCAGUUGAUGGACAAACUGGCACCGUUAAUCUGUGAAGAAAGAACAUCUGUUGAGAACAACAUCAGAGUUUGUUUAUCAACCAACAAAUGUUUUGUCAAGACUCCAGUGGUUCCUGAUUCUCUGGACAGUAAGAGAAACUACUGGAAACUGGACCCCGGUCACAUCACAGCAAAGAUGGUGCGUCGUCACUUCAAAGGACUCCUGCAGCUCUUCCCUGAGUUGGCCUCCAAAGUGGAAACGGAGAACACGAGCAGACCACCGGAGCUCUGCUCGGCUCUCCACGCUCCUGAGCCUGCGGCCUGCAGAGCGGUUCAGAUCAGAUGUAAGGUGAAGUUCAGCAGUCCUUUCUCCAUUGAAUCCCUCCUGAAGAGAGACAGCCCCUCUGCUCGGCCCUCCGGAGCUUCUCCUCUGUCCAGUGUGCCGGUCACAGUGGAGCAGCAGACUGGGCCCACACACAGACUAGGUGGGACAAAGAGGAGCUUCAGAUGGGACUCCGAGGAGCCUCUGGGCCUUCAGGCUUCAGCUGCAUGUUCCCCCAUCUGCUCAACAGGGGGCAGCACACCCCACAUCCUCGCUGCUCACGGAGCUGCUCAGCCCAUCAGCAGGAUGGACGUGUGCACUCAGUCCUCAUUCCCUGUCGACACAAGAGCCAGCGCUGCUCCUUAUUUCAUCAGCCCCCAUUACAUCACUCACUCUGUACCCACCUUUACCCAUGAUGCUCUCUGUGUCUGGCUGUAAAAGUAUUCUUUCUACUUCUGAGUUGCACUUUAAUAUUUCAUAUGUUUUUCAAUGGACCAUACGCUCUUGUGAAGUCAGACACACUUUUAAAUCACAUAAGGCCGAUAAAUAGUGUCAUCUGUUUCUCUUUGUGUCAAGUCAUUUUUUAUUUGUGGCUGUAUUUGUUGCAUUUUGUCGUCAGCAUCUGACCAAAGGAGGGCAGCAUAGUGUUUUAACGUUUAUCUUGAAAUACAAUAAUGUCAACACACCGAUACCCUUGUAUUAAGCAAAGCA